UUACUUACAAAUCUCGUUGUUGUGAAGGCCGGGGUUGUGGGCCUUGACUUCGCUUUGCUUAUCCUUGCGGUAAAGGAUGUAGGCAUUCGGGGGACGCGGAAUCUUCUCAAGCUUCGUCGUGGGCUUCGGCGGCAUAAUUCUCUUCUUGGGAUCCCAGAUGGGAAUUUUGUCGACCACGAUAAGGUGCGGCUUAAUGACUUUCUUGGGACCGAGAAUCCAGACUUGGUCAUUGUCUGCAUCCUGGGCAUACAUUACAUCUUGGCGCAGGAAGUUUCUAAUGCAAUUCUCAACCUUGGCCUGGAGCGGCAUGAGCUGGUACAUCUCAUCAUCCAUGAUGACGACGUUCAACUUGUUCCAAUGUCCCAGCUGGGUGGCGAGACGAUUCCAGUAUCUUAUGCCCAUGGCUCUGGCCAUAGCGGGACUCAUGUCAGGAGCGAUCAAGGUCGCCAUGUGUACUGACCGUUGACCGCGAGUCGGUUGAUGGAAAUUAUUGCGAUUGAAGUCGGUGAUCGCAAGAAAACAGACCCGAUCAGGAUUCGAUUUGUGUCCCGGGG